AUGGCUGUGCUUGCUGGAAGAUUUUUGUUUAUCUUACCAGAGACCCUACAUUUAAAAAAAAGCCUGGCUAUGGGGAAGUACUCCCGCGUUGACGGGAGGAAGUCAUCGAGCUACUGGUCUACAGUUGCUGUGGUUAUUUUUGUUGCGCUCUGUUUAGCCGGAGUUUGGAUGUUAAUGUCAUCAACUGUUCCUCCUGAUGACAAUUCAAAGCCAUCCACUGACAAUAUUGCAAAUGAAGUGAAACAAUCGGGCAGUGAAAAUAACUCUAAGCAAUUUGAAGACAGUUCAGGCGAUUUACCUGAAGAUGCGACAAAAGAAGAUAGUGAAAACCAAUCUGGUCAGGAUGAUCAAAAUGAGAAGCUCACUGAGAGAGGGUCUACAGCUGAGGAUAACAAGGAAGAGAAAGCUGAGACUGAAAACCAGGAUGAGAAGACUGAUUCUCAGGAAGAGCAAAAGAAAGAGGCUGAAAAUGACGGUGAUGGAGAAGCUACCGGCGGUGAAACGAAUAAAAGUGAGCAAACAGAAUCAGAGGAGUCCUCUGGUGAAAACAAAUCUGAGUCUGAUGACGGGGCCAGUAAUUCAGAUGCAGGAGAGAGUACAAAUUCAAAUAGUCAGGAAGACAAGGAUGCUAAUCAGGGGGAGCAAAGUUCUACCGAGAAUAAUCAGGCUUCGGUUGAGAUUUUCCCUGCUGGUUCCCAGUUGGAACUUUUAAAUGAAACUGAUUCUCAAAACGGUGCUUGGUCAACUCAGGUUGUGGAGUCUCAGAAUGAGAAGGAUUCACAACAAUCUUCUAUCUCUAAGGACCAACAUUCUCAUGGCUGGAAAACCUGUAAUGUUACGGCUGGUCCAGAUUACAUUCCUUGCCUGGACAAUUGGCAAGCUAUCAGAAAGCUCACAAGCACAAAGCAUUAUGAACACAGAGAGAGACAUUGCCCUGAAGAAGCUCCAACUUGUCUGGUCUCUUUACCUGAAGGAUACAGACGUUCAAUUAAGUGGCCCAAAAGCAGGGAUAAGAUUUGGUACUAUAAUGUUCCUCACACCAAGCUCGCAGAGGUGAAGGGGCACCAGAACUGGGUUAAACUUACUGGUGAAUAUCUUACUUUCCCCGGUGGUGGAACACAAUUUAAGCAUGGUGCUCUUCAUUACAUUGACUUCAUUGAGAAUUCUCUUCCUGAUAUUGCUUGGGGAAAGAGAAGUCGUGUGAUAUUGGACGUAGGUUGUGGUGUGGCUAGCUUUGGAGGUUAUCUUUUUGAAAAAGAUGUUCUUGCAAUGUCAUUAGCACCCAAGGAUGAGCAUGAGGCCCAAGUGCAAUUUGCACUUGAGCGGGGCAUUCCUGCCAUUUUGGCUGUUAUGGGCACCAAGAGACUACCCUUUCCCGGUUCUGUUUUUGACAUCGUCCACUGUGCACGUUGUAGGGUCCCUUGGCAUAUUGAAGGUGGUAAACUUCUUUUAGAGCUCAAUCGUCUGUUGCGACCUGGUGGUUACUUUGUCUGGUCAGCCACUCCAGUUUAUCAAACGCUUCCAGAAGAUGUUGGUAUUUGGGAAGCUAUGACUGAGCUUACGAAGUCAAUGUGCUGGGAUCUCAUAGUGAUUAAAAAGGAUACACUAAAUGGUAUUGGUGCAGCAAUAUUUAGAAAGCCAAUUUCAAAUGAGUGCUAUAACAAGAGAUCCAAAAAUGAUCCCCCACUGUGCAAAGAAUCCGAUGACCGAAAUGCAGCCUGGAAUGUACCACUCGAGGCAUGCAUGCAUAAAGUGCCUGAAGAUGCAUCGGAACGUGGGGCUCAAUGGCCUGAGCAAUGGCCACAAAGAUCGGAGACACCACCUUACUGGCUGAAGUCUCAGGUUGGAGUUUAUGGUAAAGAGGCGCCAGAGGAUUUUACUGCAGACUACAACCACUGGAAACAUGUCGUUUCUCAGUCAUAUUUGAAUGGCAUGGGCAUUGACUGGUCUACAGUGAGAAAUGUUAUGGACAUGAGAGCGGUAUAUGGAGGAUUCGCGGCAGCGCUAAAAGACAUGAAAGUUUGGGUUAUGAACAUUGUCCCAAUCGACUCUCCAGACACACUUCCAAUUAUCUACGAGCGUGGUUUAUUCGGAAUGUAUCAUGAUUGGUGUGAAUCAUUCAACACUUAUCCUAGAACAUACGAUCUUCUCCAUGCUGAUCAUCUAUUCUCUAGUCUCAAAAACAGCAGGUGCAAAAACUUAGCAGCAGUGGUGGCAGAAGUCGAUAGAAUCUUGAGGCCAGAAGGAAAGCUGAUUGUGCGUGACACUGUUGAUAUCAUAGGUGAGAUUGAGAGCAUGGCCAAGUCUCUGAAAUGGGAGAUCCGAAUGAUUUACUCGAAAGACAAUGAAGGAAUGCUUUGCGUUCGCAAGACAAUGUGGCGUCCUACCGAAACAGAAACGAUAAAAUCAGCCAUUAUGUAGAAAUAAUGCUCCAUUUAGUCUUUUUAGCUAAAGGUUAGCAUACUGCUUCCUAUAAUAGCUUUUUUCCUUUCGAAAGACCUUAAAUAGCUUUAUAUCAUUAAUAUAUAUACCUUUUAGGCAUUCAAUUUGAGGCUUGGUAUGAAUAGCUGGUGUCUCUCUAAAAGAAAUUGUUUUCUUUACUGCUGUAUGUUCCAGACUGCUAAUGUCAAUUGAGAUAUAGUUAAUUCA